AUGGAUGCCUCAUUUUCCACAAAUCCUUCAAUGCUAAUCAAAACUUCACAGAUUCUCAAGAACCUUAACUGCCUUCAGUGUAAUCUUAGGAGAUGCAAGGAAGCCACAUCUUCACUUGUGCAGUUCGUCUCAGAAUCCGAUUACGAUAUCUUACUAAUCCAGGAGCCAUACAGCGUGAAAGGAGAGAUAAGAGGGUUUCCAUUAUCAUGGAAUAUUUUAUAUAAAAACUUAAGCAAAGAUUUUCCAGUCCAGAAACAAAACCCCAGAGCAUGCAUUGUCGUAACGAGCAAACAACUAGACCCUACUGUAUGCAAAAUUGAUAGAGACAUUAUAUCUAUCUCAAUUAAUUCAGGUACAGUACAACUAUGCAUUUCUUCUUGCUACUGUUCGCCCGCAGAAGAAAUUGAAAGAAAUCUUAUACACCUUGACAAUAUAAUUCAGAGUGCUCCGACUGCACAUCACUUUAUCGGUGGGGAUAUGAAUGCCCACUGCGUGCAAUGGGGAUAUCCAAAAUCAGAUUCUAGAGGCGAACAAGUAGAAGAUUUCAUAGCUGCCAACUCUCUCGUCCUUCACAACGACACCGUACAAGGGCCUACCUUCGAAACAUGCUCAGGUAAAGGAUGGCCUGACCUGACCCUUUCAAGCACAAAUGCCAGCACCUUUCUUAAAAACUGGAAGAUACUGGACGAGGAAAAUAAUUCGGAUCAUAAGUUCAUUCACUUUGAGAUUGAUCUCACUUUUUCUAGUACCAGCACGAAACGUUUUCACAUAACUGAAUCUGGCAUCAAGAAAUUUAAAAACCUCCUUGCUAAAGAAAAAAACUUCCAUUUUGAACGGCAUAAACUACUGCAGGGAUCGCAACCAAUUAAAUGA